CGGUUAGGGAAUUGAAUUCGAUGCCCGAAGAUUCUGCUUGUCCUGCUUUUGUGAAAACACCUCGCGAUACCGACCAUUUCAAGCAACAUGGUGCCCUACCGUAUGCGACGCCUUUUACCCUGUGUGUCCGUUGCAAUGGUUUUCCUCAUAGUUGGAUUGUUUUGGAAUAUGACUUAUGGAAAUUUUCGCUGGCAGAAAGAUGUUGACUUUGUUACAACACUUCAGGAAUUUCCUAAAAAUAUCGGGAGAAUCGUCCAAGACAAUCAAUCCAUCUCGCCUGGAGAUGCUGCAUCGACUGAGGAAGAACCAGGAAAGCUCAGAGUCGUCAUCAUUGGCUCCGGACCUGCCGCUCUCGGCGCUGCUCGAAGACUCCAAGAUCUCGAUCAAGCAGACAGAACAGUCAUCAGCAUCUUGGAAGAGUCAGACAAACCAGGAGGCCCAGCCUCGUCUGUGAGGGACGGUCAAGGCUUUCUCUGGGACGCCGGUUUUCACGUCGUCUCCUCCCAUUACACCUACUUUGACCGAGUCCUCAACAUGGCGGUCCCCGAGUGGAACUAUCAGAGCAGGGCGUCCUUUGCCUUCAUGAAAGGAUAUGACAAGAAGAGGAGAUUUAUUCGUUUUCCAAUUGAAAAAAACAUCCACAAAAUGCAUAAAGGAGAUCAGCAGGGAAGUCACAGAGGAUCAGGCGAGAGUGCUGAAGGUGACCUCGCCAACAAAUCCAUGAAUUUUGACGAGAGACUGCCUCAAAAAUUCGGAGUGGGUCUUGCCGCUGCGUUUAUGAGGAAAUACAAUCGGAAAUUCUGGACUGUCGAACCUAGGGAACUCAACUCAGCUUGGGUUAGUGAGCAGGUUGUGGUACCAGAAAUGGCGGAGACCAAGACCAAGAUUAAAGAGCUAGAUAAUGUGAACACCGAGUGGGGAGACAGCCUUAUCUUCCGCUUUCCCAAAUACAAUGGGACGGGUGCAAUUUGGGAGUCGGUUGCUAGACAGCUUCCAUGGCGCUGGUUCAGAUUCCAUGAAAAGGUAACAGGUGUAGAUAUUGACAACAAAAAAAUUACUGUUGAAACUGGCCUAGAUGUGAAAUUUCACCGCGACAUGGAAUACGACAUACUAAUAUCCACAGUCCCUUUAGAUGUCUUCGUGUCAUAUCUACAAAGCAGUGAUAUGUCUUUAGGGCAGAUGCAAGAGCUAGCAUCCCAUCUGGUAUACACUCACACUCAUAUCGUAGGCGUUGGACUCAUUGGUCGAAUACCGAAGACCUUGGCUAAUAAAUCUUGGGUGUACUUCCCAGAUUCAGAUUCUCCCUUCUACCGCGUGACAAUGUUCUCCAAUUUUUCAGAUGAUCAUGUGCCUAAACCAGGAGCUUAUUGGUCGCUUAUUUGCGAAAUAGUAGAACCAGAAAAAAAUUUAAAGUUCAAGCCAAAGUAUUGGAGUGAAGAGAACUUGAUCAAGGAAUCCAUGCGAGCAUUAGUCUUGUACGGGUUUAUAUCUGCGGACAUGGUAGUCUCCAAGUACUACCGCCGCUUGGAGCAUGGGUAUCCCUUGCCUUCACGUGAGAGGGACGUGAUCCUUGACACGAUACAACCUUGGCUAAAAAGAAAGGACAUCUAUUCCCGUGGACGGUUUGGAGGUUGGAAAUACGAGGUGGGAAACCAAGACCAAUCCUUUAUGCAAGGGGUCGAGGCUGUGGACGACUUCGUAUACGACAUUCCAGAAAUGACGUAUCCCUAUCCUGAUCUUGUCAACUCUAAGAAAAAUACGGACCGUGUCUUCCCUCUAGACUACGAGAUCGUUAUCGCUCACUACAGGGAGAAUCUCGAUUGGCUGAGACCAUACGCCAGUCACACCCUUGUGUACCAUCAAGGGAACGACCUAGGACCGCCCUUCCAGGUUUACGGGUGGGAACGACUCGAGAAUGUCGGGCGCGAACCUCACGCAUACCUGUAUCACAUCACCACAUUCUACGAGCGGCUUGCAGAUAUUACUGUUUUUGCUCAAGGGGAUUCCUUGAGAGGCAGAUGUUUCAAAAAUCCACUGGAGUUCCUGCGUUCUGCCAAGAAGGGUAUUCCUUGUGUGAAGGUACCUGGAACUUACAGACAGUGGGGGAACAUCAAAUUCCCCCCGAAAUAUUUAGAGCAUUUUAAAACAAACCCACUGCAAAUUUCCAACGAGACUUUUGGACAGGUGUACAGAAAUCUGUAUGGUCACCCACCACCCAGCGAUGGCAUUGAAUCCUGUAGAAAUGGCUGCUUCGGUGUAACCCGGGGACAGAUUCUAAGACACCCUCUAAAAUUCUAUCAGAAGGCUCUAGCCUAUGUCAGCAAAUAUUCCAAUCAGGAGGAGAGUCAUUACCUAGAGCGAUUGUGGUAUCAUUUCUUUGUAGGCCGCGAUAAACCAUCAAAUGACAUUUGAUCAAUCGCUACAAUAGAGUGUUUGCAGGCUAGUGCUUUUGUUCCACUGGGUAUUAACAAAGGAGGCCUCACUGUGAAACAAAAGAACUGAACUGCCCAUGAAGAUGGCUACCACGCAAAGCCUCUAUACACUAUGAGCGUCGAGCUUUUUUUGCACCAUCCCACAGCCCAUUUUUUAUUUAUUGAGUACACUGGGGUAAUCUGAAUUAAAUCCGACAUGGGUUUGUUAUUAUAGCUCAUGAUUUCAUAAGUGUCGGACUGCGUGUACGGGGCACAUCUGAUGAACAUUCAGAGCUGACCGAGGGUAAAUUGGGGAUUUGCGAGAACGUUAUGUCGGAUUCGAUAAAAUAAAAUAUUACAGGAAAAACGUAUGAAGAAAGAUACUGUCGAAAGAGUAAUCGACAAGUUAGGACACGCCUGAAGCAUGGGCAUUGCAAACGAAUUUUUCGGGGAGGCGGGCAAUUUCCAGGGUGGCAAAGCACUCAGCGAAAAAAGGGAUGGGGGCAAUUUUGAUUUUUUUGAAAUGACGAUGAUCUCAUUUCGCUGUCUUUUUCCCUAAAUGUGUUUUCAGCCCCUCCCUGGGGAACCCCCCUAGCCUUGCUUGCAACCUCCAUUGCCCGAUGCAUUGCCUUGUGUACAGUGUGACGAUGAAUCUUGUUGCUUAUAGGACUUACGAGAGGUGAGAUUUAGAGCAGGCUGUGAAUUGAAGUCUGGAAAUAAAUACUCCAACAGUGCUUUUCAAAUCACAGAGAGGGAAGGAGG